AGCCGAUUUUACGUGGUUAUCAAGCAAGCACUGAGACAGUCCUUCAGUCUGUAUCAAAUUUUCGGCUAGUUUAUCAUCUAGACCCACGACUUGAAUAGCAUCAACAUCAUGAAGUUUCUGUUGAUUACCGGAAUUCUGCUGGCCUCAGUCGGUUACCUGUUUGCGACAGAGUGCCACUUCUGCAGCUAUGUGUCAGGUACGAUGGGUGAGGAAUGCAAGGAUCCCUUCACCAGCAAUGGUAACUCCAGCGAAACAUGUCAAGGAACCUACUGCUUGAAAGUCGUAUCCAAGGUGAGUGGUGAAUUGACGUCCAUCACCCGUAGCUGCAGCGAGGCGUGCUCCGAGGCUUGCCUCUCCUUGUUCGGAAUCGAAGGCUGCACCUACUGUUGCCAAAGCGACAACUGCAACGGAGCAGGAUCCGUCACCUUCAGUCUGUCCGUGAUGGUUGCCAUGGUUACAGCAGUUCUGAAACUAUCUGCUUAACAACAGCUUGACGUGAUUUUUAAAAAUAUUUGUUUUCAGAAACAUUCUUACAAAACUUUUGAACUUUCAGAAACACCCAAGUUGAAACAUUGCUACAUUAAGAUUAAUAACAGGGUAUUAAAAUAUUUUACAUCUCAUUACUUUGCAAAGUUUAUUCAGCUUUUGAGGGGCCAACCCUAAAUGACCAAAUAUGUAACGGGGAAUUAAAACAUUCUGCAUCUCAUUACUUUGCAAAGUUUAUUGUGUCUAUGCAAUUACUCAUCUUCAGCUUCCAUUCAGCUUUUCAGGGCCAACCCCAAAUGACCAAAUAUGGAAAAAGUGGUGGAUCAACAUACUCAUCUGCCUUACAAGAUCAUAUUACUUGUGUACAAGAAUCAAAUGUAAUGAAGUUUCAAUAAAUGAUUGAGAAUUUGAGGUUAAUGUUAAAGAACUCAUUUCAUAUUUGGCAAUAACAGUGUAUGUCUGUGAACCUGUCGCGUGAAGAUUAUUUAUCUGAAUGACAGUCACAGUAUACAUGUACUUGGCCUUUUGACACUAGAUUACUUCCUACCGAAGUUCUUUCUUUGUAGUUUUGUAUUAUUUGAAAAAGAAAAUAAACAGGGGGGAAUUUAUUUCAAA